GGGCGAUAUCAUACUGACCACGAGUCUACGUAGAUGUAGACUUCCCCAACUGCUUAUGCCAAAGGCUGAUCUUUUUGAAUUAUAUCAGGGGCCAUGUCAUGUUUGGCCGAAUUUAUCUUUGAAGAUGUCCCAUGCGGGUCAGAUGGUUCCCAUGGCGAGACCACGCCAAAGGCCCACCCUCAGUCAAGACCCCCAAAAGCUCAUUUACACGGGCAGCCAUGGAAGAAUACGAUGGCUUGGUCGGCCUCCAGUGCGCAUGCACAUUUACUUUGGCAUACAUUGUGCCAAGAGUGCUUGCAAGUGGUGAUGGUAUUUAUGUCGGCAAUUGGGGGUUCUCGGAGAGGUCCGAUCUUUGCACCUUUAAGCAUCGGAAGACAUGCGAGAAAGGGGUCCAGAUACAGCAGUACUGCUUCUCCAGCAUAUUGGGCUGGACUUUCUCAGAUAGGCGCAAAGACUUCGUUCACUAUCAGGUGGUCUAUUAUGUGCGACCAAGGGUCAGCGGCAUGGCUUAUAGGAGUCAAAUCUGGACAAUACUGCGAGGACAUGAAAGGAGCAAGAUGCAAGCAGUGGUACACAGAGUGGGAGAAAUGGUGUCAAUGGGUUGUCUAAGAGUAUGGCAUAGAGAGUGCUUAGACUGGAAGCCGACUGUAUCAA